CUUAUAAGGAAGUUUUAUGCAAGUCAUCUGUUCUUGAUAAUGUGAAACAAUGGGUCUUAAAAAUUAAAAUGACGCCUGAAAUCAGUUUAAAAAGUGUGCUAACAAAUAUGAUAGAAGUUGCAAAAAA